ACCAUGUGAGCUCUCUGGUAUAUAAAACAGACCAUUGGGGAUUUAGAGGAUUCUUCUCUCAGACUGGAUCACCCUUUGAAGGUUUGGAGAUGCUUCUCGUCACUUGCUUCAUCUUUGGCCUUUUGGGCAGCCUUACCUGGGCAGGAGAUCCAAAGGGUCGGACUGUCUGUCCUUCUGGCACCUUCGCCAAUAAAGAGCAAAGCCAGUGGUUUUGCUACAAGUUCUAUGAGGAGCUGUUCACCUUUCAAGAGGCCGAGGAAGAGUGUCAGUUCAAAUGCAAAGGUCAUUUAGCAUCCUUCAUAAGUGACACCCAGGCAAAACAGGUCAAUUCCUACGUCUCUAAAGAAAACAUAGAGAAGAAAUCGGUCUGGAUUGGGCUCCAACGACGUUCAACAUCCGAUAUGAAUACUGGAUGGCGCUGGAACGACGGGACACGAUCCAGGUAUACCAGGUGGAGCUCUGGAGAACCCAACAAUAAGUCCAAAGAUGAGUUUUGUGUUUCUCUCUCUCCUCAAACUGAGCAUUUGAACUGGAUUGAUCUAGGCUGUAACGCCAAACUUCCUUUUCUCUGCAAAUGGACUCCCACUUAACCUAAGUCUGCAGAGGGAGUUAGAGGGGCUGAUCGGAAACCUGAGCUGAGAUCUUUGGAGUCUACCUUCUCCAUGUGCCAAACUUCUUUUCCACAAAGACCAU